UCUCUCUCUCGCUCUCUCCCGUUCUUUCUCCGCGUGCGUGCGUAUUCCCGGUAUCCCAGUGCGUUUCAUUUACGUCCACUUUCCCACCCAGUGGAAGUGUUAAAUAGAUGCGAAUGUGCGGACACAGUGAGAGCUAGUCACCGAAAAUCGCGCAACAGUGACAGAUAAAACAAUUCAACCGGUUUGUGUGUGUGUGGCUCUCUCGUCGCCCGGUUGGACGUGGAACGCCCGAAAGUCAAUAAACACAUCGAGAAACCGAGGAAUCGAGGAAACGUAAAAUAAGCCAAAAACCCCACCGGUCAGCGGCGCGCGCCCGCAUACCGCGGAAAGGAAAGUGGCCACAACGGAAAAGAGAAGCGCGAGCUGGAAGCGAAAGAAGCGCACACGGACACGAUCAUCGUCAUCGUCAUCGAUUACCCAGGCGACGACGACGGAAUCACGCGGUAGCAACAACGGACAGAAGAAAGCCAAACUGUAUUGCAUUUUAUCGGAGUGCGGUGCGUAAAUACAGUGCAGGUCACAAGUAAGGCACCACCACCCACGGCAGCAGCAGCAGCAAUCCUGGCGUCCGACUGACGACGGAGUGAAAAACAGGCAAAUUUCUGUUCCGCGCAAUUCCAAAGAAAAACCAUCACGAUGAUUCCCACCAUGAAGGCGGCAGCGAAUCUAUUGCCCGCGUUUGGACGACGUGUGGAGUGCAGCAGUUUCGCGUAUCAGAUGGUCCGUGGCAUCUCAAAGAGCAGCGAGGUGAACAAUUCUGACUUCAUGACGAUCCGGUCCGAGUACCAGACGAACCAUCACCAGAAGACGACGGCGUCCAGCAGCCGCAACUGCGACAGCAAGCAACAGAUAAGACUGAAGAAGGUGUCCAGGACUCUCUCGACGCUGAACUCAUCCGUACCGGAAACGGGAGCCCUGUCGGCGGUACCGAAAAGCGAAAGCCGCGACUUCAUGGCCGUGUUCCCGGAUGUCGUACGCGAUCUGACCACGUACGCCAGCAAGUACGACAAGAACGUCGCCACCAAGUGGUUCGUAAAGGCGCUCCAGUACAACGUGCCGCAGGGCAAAAAGAACCGCGGGCUCGCCUGUGUCCUCGCCUACCGGAUGUUGGAGAAAUCGGAGGCCCUCACGCCGGAGAACAUCCGACGGGCGCAGUACCUCGGAUGGGCCAUUGAAAUGCUCCACUCGAUGUUCCUGAUCAUGGACGAUGUGAUGGACGGCAGCACGAACCGUCGGGGCCAACCGUGCUGGCACACGCUGGAUGAGGUGAAGCUGACUGGCAUCAAUGAUGGCAUCAUGAUCGAAGCGGCCAUUGCUCACCUGGUGCGGCAGCAGUACGGCAACGAGCCGUAUUAUCCGCGCCUUUUGGAGCUGUUUAAUGACAUGAAGUUCAUUACGUCGAUCGGGCAAUCGCUGGACUUACGCUCGGCCAAGCUGGACGUGACCCAGUACACGAUGGAUCUGUACAAGUCGAUCGUGUUCCACAAGACUUCCUACUACACGUUCUACCUGCCGGUUGCGGCCGCCAUGCACCUGACGGGCUACACGGAUCCGGAGAUGUUCCGGCAGGUGAGGACGAUCCUGCUCGAGAUCGGUCAGUUCUACCAGACGCAGGACGAUUUCUUUGACUGCUUCGGCGACCCGGCCGUCAUCGGGAAGGUCGGUACGGACAUUGCGGAGGGCAAGUGCAGCUGGUUGGCGGUGGUCGCGAUGCAACGUGCCACCGAGGAACAGAAGGACAUCAUGAAGGCGUGCUACGGUUCCCAGGAUCCGGACGAUAUCGCGCGCGUGAAGAAGCUGUACGAGCAGCUCGGCCUGCCGACGACCUACAGCAUCUACGAGGAGGAAUCGUACAACAUGAUCAAGACGCACAUCCAGCAGAUCUCGCGCGGGCUGCCCCACGAGCUGUUCUUUAAGAUAAUGGAGAAGAUCUACCGGCGCGAAGCGUAAACAACACCGGGCGGAUGCGUGGCAACUACCUGGAAGAUGAUUCGAAUCUUGCUGGCGGCGUGUUCUCGUUUAGUAUUCUAGUACAGGCCGUUGUUGUAGGCAAAGGGCAAACAAUGAAGGCGAAACGUUCAAUUGUAGUACAUUAGGAUGGGAAGGAUUUUUAGAAAAUUGCUCCCUAUAAUAAUCAGGAAAAGUAUCGUCGAUAUGGGAGCAACAGCGCGCGCAAUUGGCCACAACAGCACCGCAUAACAACCGCACGGGGCUUCUCUCCGUGUUGGUUGCCUGUUGGUGGUGCAUUUUUGGCCAUUUUGCUGUGGGGUGUACGCCUUGCAACGCUCCGGUCGAAUACAUUCCCUUUUUUAUAUGUAUAUGUGUGUGUGUGGGUGUGGGUGUGAGGGCGCGCGCCUCAUAUGGCGACAAUACAGACGAAGGUAGAAACAGGUGCAACGACCCACUCCCUUUCCGGUGGAAUUGGACUCGAUCCCGCCGUUCUCCAACGCAGACGAACGGUUGGGCAUGUGGGUCAAUACGAUUGAAUAGCGAAAGUUCUGAGGGCAUUCUUAAAACCUCCCCCCUCACCCAGUGCAAUUUAUACACACCGUCACACAAACGCGCUUACACACACACACACACACACACAGACACACACACGCGUGACCUAAUCCCGCUCAGCCUUCCCCUUCCGGGUAUGUGUACUCUAACAAUAAUCAGCAAUCGAUAGGCGAUAAGAUAAGGCGGAGCAUAUUAUAUGCGCGAAGAGCAGUCGAUGGAAGCCGGCCAGAAGUUCAGGAACCGUCGCGCGCGCGAACGGGCACUACUUGAGGAAAUUUAGCAUUGGUAGAAAUUGAUGGAGCCGUAACGUAACGAUUUGGGAAGAGCGUGUUGGUUGACACUACGGAUAUUAAAGUUUUCUUAUUGUGUAUGAUGAAAUAAAGCAAACCAGAGU